UUUUGUUAGCCGAAAAUGGACAAACUAAAUGAAAACGCCCGCGAGCGGAAGCAAAUCAAGCUGGGCGAGAUCGACACGGGCCCCAUUCUGGUGGCCCUUUUGCUGGGCUUCAUCGCCGUGGCCAUCUUUGUGAUCCUGCGAAGACGCUCGGCUGGUCGCAAGGACUUCCUGCUGGCUGGUCUCAGUGAAUCCGGCAAGAGUGCCAUCUUCAUGCAGCUCGUACAUGGCAAAUUCCCGGCCACUUUUACCUCGAUCAAGGAGAAUGUGGGCGACUACCAGGCGGGAGGCUCAUCCGUGAGAUUGGUGGACAUUCCCGGCCACUACAGGGUGCGGGACAAGUGCCUGGAGCUGUAUAAGCAUCGUGCCAAGGGCAUAGUCUUUGUGGUGGACUCGGUUACGGCCCAAAAGGAUAUCCGUGAUGUGGCAGACUUCCUGUACACCAUCCUAUCAGAUAGCGCCACCCAGCCCUGCUCCGUGUUGGUCCUCUGCAACAAACAGGAUCAAAGCACCGCCAAGAGCGCCCAGGUCAUCAAAACCCUGCUGGAGAAGGAAAUCCACACGGUGCGCGAUACCAGGAGCCGCAAACUGCAGUCCGUUGGCGACGACGAUGCCAGCAAACCCGUCACUCUGGGCAAGCCAGGUCGCGACUUUGAGUUCUCACACAUCGCACAAAAUAUCCAGUUCGUGGAGGCCUCCGCCAAGGAUCAGGAACUGAAUCCCCUCACCGAUUGGCUGGCACGCCUGCUGUGAAGUGCCUCUCAGACUGGAAAAACACUAAAGUCCUAAAUGAACGAAUGCGGAACACAAAAGAACAUAUUGAUAUUUAUUUUACCGCUUAGAGCUCUCAAGAGUUAGAGUAUAAAUCCGAGCAUUGUUAAAUACCCUCUUCCCCCUAGCCUCCUUCGCCUCCUUUCAUUUUAUCCCGCUUAAUUUUAGGUUAUUAUGGAAAUUUUUAUACUUUUUAGCAUUAAUUUGUCGGUAGGUGAUUGACUAAGAAUCAUGUAUCAAACGAUUUAUAAAAAAAACAGCCGAUUAAGAAGUGUGCAUUUAUAAACGCUGAUGCUGAUUUAACGGGCCCAGCAAAGGCUUUAAAAAUACAAAAAACGGGUCGUCGAAAAAGUGUUAUUUUAAAGAAUUUUUACUUAAAAACUGAAUGAAAUCCAUCGAUAUUUGAUAAAAUAAACGGAGAAAAAACCUAUUUUCAUUUA